AUGGGAAACCUGGGAAACUUGUCGCCGCAGGGCAGUGUCGCCGUCGGCAUUAUCGUGGGGCUUAUCUCAACCAGUCUGCAGGCCAUCGGACUCACUCUACAACGCAAAUCCCACCUACUUGAAGACGAGAAACCGCUGUAUGAUGCGCGCCGUCCCCCAUACAAGCGUCGGAGAUGGCAAAUAGGCAUGUCCAUGUUCGUCAUUUCCAAUAUUGUCGGCAGUACGAUCCAGAUCACGACGCUUCCACUCCCGGUCCUGUCGACACUUCAAGCGUCCGGGCUAGUGUUUAAUACAAUUUUCGCGACACUCAUUCUCGGCGAACCUUUCACUCGUUACUCCUUCGCCGGCACUCUACUCGUCUGCAUCGGCGCCGUGUUGAUCGCGACUUUCGGCGCUAUUGGGGAGCCCGCGCAUACUCUCAGCCAGCUUCUCGAACUCCUGCACGGCCGGCCAUUUCUCAUAUGGAUGGUUCUGACCCUUGUCUUGGUAGUCGUCAUUCUAAUCGGAUCGAAGCUUUUGCGAAAAUGUAUCCCCGGCUCCCGAGCCAAACCGGUCGCGGGUGGUCAUUAUACACCACACAACCUGCGGGCACAGAGUCGCAUCAAGCUUUUCCGGGGUAUGUGCUAUGGUGCGGUCAGCGGAAUACUAUCAGCCCACUCGCUGUUGCUGGCCAAGUCAGCGGUGGAGCUUCUAGUGCGCACGAUCGUGGAUCGCGUGAACCAGUUCAACCGCUGGCAGUCAUGGGUGAUUUUGCUGGCUAUGAUCUUCUUGGCUCUGACCCAGCUCUUCUACUUACACCGUGGACUGAAGCUGUGCAGUACUAGCAUUUUAUAUCCGUUCGUGUUUUGCAUCUAUAAUGUGAUCGCCAUCAUGGAUGGUCUGAUCUACUUCCGACAGGUCUCCCAGCUUGCUGGUAUUCACGCGGGGUUGAUCGCCCUGGGAACUGUCAUUCUUCUCGCCGGUGUUCUCUGCCUAUCCUGGCGCCUGGAAGAUAUCGACAAUCAUGCUGCUGUCACCGUUGUGGGGCCUACACAGACCGGCCUUGGACCUGGUAUGGCAGUCGUUGAGGAGCAUCCGAGCUCUCCCGGCCUCCUGGAUGGCCGAGACGACGAAGAAUCACGAGUUGGAGAGCGAGAGCCUCUCCUCCAAGGCACCAUCCGAUCUCGACAUCUCUCGUACCAGCGUAUGCGAGCACCCAGUCUCCCGCUGAUCCUGCCUAGUGACCGCCAUGAAGCGGCAGAUCUCAACGCAGCCUCUAUCUGGGCCGAACUGGAUGAUUCCGACUACGACAUGGUAGACCCCCAUUCACGUCCCGAGCGACCACGCAGUUCAAGCAGUGGUGCAGCGUUGAACGGACCGAUGCGCGGCCUUUCACGUCACUCCACUAUUGGUCCAAUCCCGCAACAUCGCCAGCGAGGGAAUCGUCGUUCAGCGCCACCAAGUCAAGGCGGCAUCGCUUGGCGCCGAGUUUCCGCGCCUUUAUCAGGGCUAUUAGGAGGUUCCCAGCGCAGACGCCGUGCCACCUCCGGCCACCUCACCUCAUCCAGCUCACAAGAAACAAACGGGUAUGGAACGAUCCAGGAAAAUGAAGUCGAACCGAUCGAGCCAGACGAGACCGCUCCACUUCGACCCCGGCGGAGCUCCACAACUGGUGGGCUUCUCGCAGGCCCGAGAAGAUCAUUGCUGGGUGCCUGGCAACAAGGACGGGAUUAUUUAUCUCGAUGGAGGAGCACGAGCACAAGCACAAUCCCGCGGGCGGGUAGCCGGGCCGAUCAGGUCGAGAAUGACGGGUCUUCAUCACCUUUAUUACCACGUGUUGAAGCCCGUCCGCCAUGGGCUCACUCUCACGCCCACGAGCGUCCCGUUUCACCACCUUCAUCACUUUAG